AUGGCGAAUCCUAGAAGAUUUGCCUACGUGUGCUUUCUGCUGUUGGCGUUAGUUAAUUGCGGAGUUUUAGGGAAGAUCAGAGGUGCGAACCGUGGCGUCGACAAUGAAGUUAGACCAUUGGACGACACACCUCCUAGUGACAGCACAGCAGCAACAGUAGCAGUUCGGUCACUGAAGAAUCAUGAAGGAAAUCAAAAUGAAAAAAGAAAGCAGCACAAGAAUCAGCGAAUGCAUCACAACAUGAUGGGCGGCGCCAAAGCAAAAGAGGAAGUGGCAGUACAUGAAGGAGAGGUUGAAGAAAAUUAUCCACACCACCACCAUCCCCAUAAUCAUCCAGAACAACCCGAUUAUGACCAUGUGCACGAAGAUGAUGAGUAUGAUCAUUCGGGUGUAGAGGAACCAGAAGGUGACGACGAGUAUGAACUCCAACAUCCAAAAGGUGGAGCCAAAGGAGGAGCCAAAGAAGGAGGAGCCAAAGAAGGGGGAGCCAAAGGAGGAGGAGGAGGAACGAAAGGAGG